CCCUCUUUCCUCCAAACCUAGCUAAAACCCAGACUUGGGGCUUCGACGGAACUCAGCGAGCGGCGUUCAAUUUCAGGCAUUCCGGCCGCCAGAAUAAUUCAAUCAUGGCGACUUCUUCCGAAGCUCGGGCAGUAAAGUCUCUCAAUAAAUCCACCGGCCGCCGCCGCUUCGUCUUCAAGACGUUUUCACAAAGAGUUGAGGAAAUUGACAUAGAUGUGUACCGAAGUCUGGACCCAAUGAAAGCUGAACCCUCGGGAGGCUCGUCCUUUUUCCGUGAUUGCCUUAUAGAAUACAGAGAGCUGAACACUGCUGAGGGUUUUAUAUCAUUUUAUGAGGAGAUUUUUCCUCUGGUACAGACACUUCCUCAAAUUAUCUUGCAGAAGGAUUUUAUUAAAUCACGUCUUCUGUCUCGAUUAAUAAUGGAAGGGAGGCUAUCACUUGAGCCAAUACUGAGACUGAUUUCUGCUUUAUCUAGAGAUCUCCUGGAGGAUUUUACACCAUUUCUUUCAGAAAUUAUUGAUUCUUUAGAAUCGCUUCUUCAAAGUGGUGCUGAUAAGGACCCAGAUUUAAUUGAGCAGAUAUUCACAUCAUGGUCAUGCAUAAUGAUGUACCUGCAGAAGUAUCUUAUAAAAGACGUUGGCCAUAUUCUAAGAAUCACGAAAAAGUUAAGAUACCACCCUAAAGAUUAUGUUCGAGAAUUUAUGGCUGAGUCGGUGUCAUUUUUGCUUAGGAAAGCACCAAUUGAGCAACUAAAGAGAGGUAUUGAGACACUUAUGACUGAAGUUGUUGAGGAACCAUCAGAAAUUAGGAAAUCUGGUGUUAGUGUUCUACUAUCUCAUGUUAUGAGAAUCACCUCGUCAAGAUUGCACUCAAGGACCGAGACAGUGUUGCCACUUCUGGUUGAUGAAUCUUCCUUCAAUAUUGAUGGGCAAAACUUUAAAGAUUCGGGACCAGUUCUUGAAGCUCUUAUUCUGACCUUUGAGAGACUGCAUGUGGAGCUAGAUCCAGAUGAAUUUUCUUUCAUAUGGGAAUGCUUGCUGGAAAAGAUAACAGAAUCUAUGAUGAAGGAGAACUCUAUACACCUGACUCGUCUUUUGGCCCUGCUUAUUUCUACCUUGCAAAAUGAUAAACUUGGGAAAGUGACAGCUUCUGAACCCUUGGUCAAACUCGUUGACCAGCUUGUGGAAACUUUUGUUGUUCGCUCUCUUGCCAUGAAUAACAUAGAUCCACACUCCGAAGUUAUUGAAAAAGUUCUGCAAUUAAUGCUUUGUGUAAUUGGUGGUCUCUCUGAUACUAAGAAUAUGCCGGCCUUGCUGCGGGUUUCUGUAAAGUGGGAGUCGGUGUUUGAUAUAAGAAGUCGAACUCUACUGACUUUCCUUGGAGAUCUUCUCUUGAAGGACCCCAGUAUUUACCAUGUCUUUGGAGCAAAUAUAAUGCGUGCUUUCACUAAUUUAAUAAAAAUAUAUGUUGAAGAAGUCAUGUAUUUGAUGAUGAAGUUCUGUGAUAAACUGGAAGUGAAUAGCUCUAGCUUUUGGGAAGGGAAAUCCAAGGAGAAGUUCUCAAGGACUUCUGUGUUUUUUGAAGAGACUCUUCGUUACUGGAUUGGACAAAUCAGUAAUUCUGUGGAAGGGAAAUUAUGUCCUGCUCAACAGGAUAAAUUGGCUGUCUUAUGGGCUGUUAUUGGUUGCUAUUCUCAUUUAGCAGAUGUCCAAGAAAAUCCUUCUGUACUAAUGGAGUUGAUAAAUGCAAUCGACAGGCUUCUAAUAGUUGAAUCCAAGGCAGGCUUGCAGCAAGAUACUUGGUAUUGCUUACUCGGGGCUGCCUUGCGUUCUUAUGACAAGUUGUUAUCCAGGAGGGGUAUUCCUUAUGAAGAGUCUGCAAUGACAAAGUUCUUGGAUCUUGCUAAAAGAUAUAAGUUGUCACCUCACAUAUUAUCUGCUGUAGCAGAUAUAUUGGAUUCAGUCUCCAAUGCAUCACAUGGGAGAAGCCAAUUUUAUCUUUCGGAGUCUAUAACUGGAAAGUCAUUGGCUGCUCUAGACAUAUUUUCUGAAAAUCUGAGCCAUGCAAACAGAGAAAUCCGCCUUUCUACCCUGCGCAUACUGUGUCAUUAUGAAUCUGUACAUGAUCGGGAUUCAGCUAAGAACCAUCCUGUCGAAAAUAAUUCAGGAAUUGAUGGUGUUGAGACUAGUCUAGUAGAUGACUUCCAUAACAAUGUUCUCAACCUACUCAGAUCUAUUGAAGAGACAACUCUUUCAAUCGCAACAAGCCGUAAAGUUAUUCUCCUGAUUUCUAAAUUACAGACGAUUCUGAGUGGUCACAGAGUUGCUGAUCAAUAUAUCGUUGCCGCUUUAAAUGGAAUUUUUGGCAUACUUCAUAACCGAUUUAGCUAUUUGUGGAAUCCAGCUUUAGAGUGCCUCACUGCCCUCGUUGGCAAAUAUUUCGGGAUCGUGUGGAACAGAUAUAUUAAUUAUCUUGAACAGUGUCAGUCUGAUUUUCUAGCAUCUCAUGGUCAACAUGAUAGAAAGGAUAAUGACACUAUGGAAGACGCUGGUUUGGUUGGAUGCUUCAACUCUGAUAUCAUUUGUGUAUUUGACAGUACUCCCUGCGUAACAAUCUUGUCCCUCUUGAUUCAGUCUUUACAGAAAGUACCUUCAAUAGCUGAAUCUCACUCUCGACAAAUAGUACCUCUGUUUCUUGAAUAUCUGGGUUACAGUGUUGAAGAAGUCACUAGUGUUGAAUCAUAUACACUGGAUCAUAAAGGGAAAGAGUGGAAGGGUGCUCUUAAAGAGUGGUUGAGUUUGUUCAGAGUGUUGCGGAAUCCUAGGUCUUUUUAUCAAGGCCUAUUUCUGAGAGAUGUUCUUCUAUAUAGGCUUCUCGACCAAAAUGAUGCUGAUAUACAGAGUAAAGUUCUCGACUGCCUGUUGAACUGGAAGGAUGACUUUCUACUUCCAUACAAUGAGAAUCUGAAAAAUCUAAUAAAUGCACAAAAUCUGCGGGAUGAGCUUGCCAGGUGGAGCUUAUCCAGGACCUCGAUGGAUUCUGUUGAUGAGCGACAUAGAGCUUAUCUUGUGCCUAUAGUCGUACGGAUACUGAUACCAAAAGUUAGAAACUUAAAGAUGCUUGGUACCCAGAAGAAUGCAAGUGUACAUCAUCGAAGGGCAGUUCUAGGAUUUUUAGCUGAGCUUGAUCUUGAUGAGCUUCCUCUUUUCUUCUGGCUAUUAGUUAAGCCCCUGCUUCCCGUCUCUCAAGGUGGUGAUGAAAUGAGCAAAAUUUGUUGGGCGUCAUCCAAAAGUCAACAGUUUGAGGUUGACGCACCUGAUAUCCUGAAUAUUUUAUCAUCAAAUACCAUAGAAACCCUAUCUUUGAAGAAGAAAUAUGGUUUCCUGCACGUUGUUGAAGAUAUUUUGGCAGUUUUUGAUGCAUCGCGCCUUAAACCCUUCCUUAAUCUACUGAUGAACUGUGUUGUCCUCAUCUCAUCGAGCUGCACAUCAGCUCUUGGCAGUAAAACAAGUGAGUUAUCUCCUGUAGAGAACUCUUCUAUAGAUACGGAGGUGCAUGACAAUGAUGAAAUGGAUAAUCAGAACAAGGAUAGGAAGCAAAUCAGGGAGUUGAGGUCCUUAAGCCUUAAGGUCAUAUAUAUUGUUCUUGGCAAAUACGAUGAUCAUAAUUUUGGAGGUGCAUUUUGGGACAUGUUCUUUACAUCAGUAAAACCUUUGGUUGCUAAAUUUAAGAAGGAAUGUCUUGAAAGCCAAAAGCCAAGUUCACUGUUUUAUUGUUUUAUUGCAAUGAGUAAAAGCUACAAACUUGUUCCACUAUUAUCAAAGGAAGAGAAUCUGGUACCUGACAUUUUCUCCAUGCUUAGUGUUCCUCCAGCUUCAGAAUCCAUUUUGUCUUGUAUCUUGAAGUUCACUAAGAACUUGUUGAAGCUUGACAAUGCACUGGAUACUGAAGAUGCAACAGUCAAAAGAGUUUUUCUUCCUCAUCUCGAUAAGCUCAUCUGUGGCUUACAUUGUAUUUUCACCAAAAACAAUGUGACUAAAAGGCCUUUGAUUAAAUACCCAGGAAAAAGAGAGAUAACCAUCUUCAACUUAUUAUCGGUGUAUGUGAAGGAACCAUCAGAUGCUAAAUCAUUUGUUGAAAUAUUGCUCAUAUUUCUUGCAAAGAAACGCCUCAAUUUUGAUACUUGUGACCAUGUAUUGAAAAUCAUUGGCCGGGUGGUGACGGUCCUGGGCGGUGGAAUCAGUAAAAAGAUUUUGAGUUCACUUUCCCCACUCCUCAUUUCAGCUGACUUGGGCAUUCGUAGCUCUAUAUGUGAUGUUCUUGACAUUGUUGCCUCCAGUGAUUGUUCUUUGUUAACAUUGGCAAAUAUUCUUCGAGGGCUAAAUGCAACCUCUGCAAUGGAGAUGGGUGGUCUUGACCAUGACACUGUACUGUCUACUUAUGAGAAAGUUAAUGUGAAAUUCUUUUAUACUAUUGGGGAAAAGCAUGCAUUGCCAAUCCUGGCUCAUGCAGUACAUGAUAUGUCAUCUGAAGAAAUGAUAUUACGUCAAAGUGCAUUCAGAUUACUCCUAUCCUUUGUUGAAUUUUCUGGCGAGAUCCUAAAUGCAUAUCCAGAGCCUGACCGAAUGUGGUCUAGAGCAAUAGUGAACAGUUUUUUGUUGAAACAUAUGGGAAAUGCAAUGAACAAGGAAGGCACUGGUAAAAAGGUAUGGAUUGAUCUGCUUAAGGAAAUGGUGCUGAAGCUUCCCAAUGAAGCAAACCUUGAUUCAUAUAGGGCCUUAUGUAGUGAUGAUGCUGAACAAGAUUUCUUCAAUAACAUAGUACACUUGCAGAAACACAGGAGAGCGAGAGCGCUGUCUCGCUUUAGCAACAUUGUCAGUUCAGGGAAUCUGUCGAAGGUCAUCACCUAUGAAGUGAUUGUCCCACUGCUCUUUAGCAUGCUAUUUGAUGCACAAGAUGGGAAGGAUGAGAAUAUAAGAAGUGCAUGUAUUGAUGCUUUGGCAUCAAUAUCUGGUUGCAUGGAGUGGCAUCAGUACUAUGCCCUGCUAGUCAGAUGUUUCCGCAAUUUGGCACUAAAACCAGAUAGGCAAAAACUUUUGUUGCGACUUAUCUGUGCCAUCCUUGAUCGUUUCCAUUUUCAGGGGUCCUCUUUGAUACAGGAGAGUUUGCACAAAAAUAUUUUCCCCAAGGUUCAGAAGUUGUUGGCCUCUGAUUCUGACAGUAUCAAUGUUAACAUCAGCCUGGUUGCACUAAAACUUCUAAAAUUGCUCCCCAGUGAUAUCAUGGACUCUCAACUUCCUACUGUCAUUCACCGUAUUUCAAACUUCCUGAAAAACCGGCUCGAAAGUGUUCGUGAUGAGGCUAGAUCUGCGCUGUCUGCUUGCUUAAAGGAACUAGGAUUGGAGUAUUUGCAGUUUAUUGUAAAAGUCUUGAAGGGCAUACUGAAGAGAGGCUAUGAAUUACAUGUACUAGGAUACACACUCAAUUUCUUGCUGUCUAAGUUCCUCAUGAGUCCCAUUUGCGGGAAAUUGGAUUACUGCUUAGAUGACCUCCUUUUUGUUGCACAGAAUGAUAUACUUGGGGGUGUUUCUGAUGAGAAAGAGGUUGAAAAGAUUGCUUCUAAAAUGAAAGAGACAAGAAAGCAGAAAUCGUAUGAAACUCUAAAAUUGAUUGCCCAGAGUGUCACUUUCAAAACUCAUGCUUUGAAACUUCUUUCCCCUGUUACAGUUCAUCUGCAUAAGCAGCUCAACCAAAAGCUUAAGUUGAAAUUGGAGAAUAUGCUAAAACACAUAGCUGCUGGCAUUGAAAACAAUCCAUCUGUGGAGCAGACUGAACUAUUCAUAUUUGUGAAUUGCCUCAUUAAAGAUGGUAUUUGUGAUGAAGGUAAUGAACAUGGAAAUGGUUCUAUUUGCCGGGUAGAUAAUAGAGAUGCUGAGAGUAUACAAACAAAUGGAACGAACAGACUAGUGACUGUGGAUCGGCAAUUUUCUCAUUUGAUAACAGCAUUUGCUCUUGGAGUUCUGCAUAACUACUUGAAGAAAUUGAAGCUUAGCGCAGAUGAUGGACAACUUUUAUCAUUACUUGACCCUUUUGUCAGUUUAUUGGGUCAAUGUUUGAGCUCCAAGUACGAAAACAUUAUAACAUCUGCAUUUAGGUGCUUUUCUCUGAUAGUGCGGUUGCCUUUGCCAUCCCUGCAGUGGCAAGCUGAUAAGAUAAAGAAUUCUUUGUUGGUUAUAGCACAGGGAUCAGUUAAAAUUAACAGUCAGUUGACUGAGUCAUGUAUGAAGUUGUUAACAACUCUUCUGCGAAGUGAGAGAGUCACACUUUCUAGUGAUCAGUUGCAUAUGCUGAUCCAGUUUCCAUUGUUCGUUGAUUUUGCAAAAAGCCCCUCAUUUGUCGCCCUUUCACUGUUGAAGGCUAUCAUACACCGAAAGCUGGUAGUUCCCGAGAUAUAUGAUCUUGUCCAGAUUGUUGCAGAGAUGAUGGUACAAAGUCAAGAUGAGCCCAUUCGUAAAAAGUGUAGUAAAAUCCUUCUUCAGUUUCUACUCGGUUACCAGCUUUCUCAGAAACGCUUGCUACAACAUCUUGAUUUCUUACUUGCUAAUUUGAGUUACGAGCAUCCCAGUGGAAGGGAAGCUGUCCUAGAGAUGCUCCAUGCUAUUAUAGUAAAAUUUCCACGGAAUGUUUUGGAUGCACAGUUCCAAACUUUGUUUUUGCAUUUGGUCGGAACAUUGGCGAAUGAUGACGACAAAAAUGUUAGAAAGAUGUCUGCUGGUGCAAUAAAGUGUCUCAUUGGGCAUGUUAGCUCUCAUUCCCUUCACUCAGCACUCGAGUAUAGCCUGUCUUGGUACCUUGGUGGUAAACAGAAUCUAUGGGGUGCUGCAGCACAGGUUUUGGGUUUACUAGUGGAAGUUAUGGGAAUGACUUUUCAAAGUCACCUCGUUAGAGUACUACCAGCAAUGAGAAACAUUCUUCAGUCUGCUGCCAAUGCUCUUGCAUCAACUCAACAAGAUUCUUCAGAUGUUUCAGUGAUUCCAUUCUGGAAGGAGGCAUAUUAUUCUCUUGUUAUGUUAGGGAAGAUCCUAAAUCAAUUUCAUUAUUUGUUCCUUGAUAGGGAGCUAGAGGCUAUUUGGGAAACCAUCUGUGAAUUGCUCUUGCAUCCUCACAUGUGGUUGCGAAACAUAUCAUGCCAGAUUCUGUCUUCUUACUUCACAGCAGUGGAUAACAGCAAAACCUCAGCAGACACAUUCUAUCUCAUGAAACCGAGUAUACUCUUCCACCUAGCUGUUUCUUUAUGUUGUCAGCUGAAGGUGCCACUGAGUGAUGAUGCAAUCGGCAAAGUUAUCAUGCAAAACCUCGUGUUCUCAAUUUCCCAUCUUCAUUCUUUCUUAGAGAAGAAUGAACACAUGGAUGUUUCUAGUUUCUGGUCAAGCCUUGACAGUGCCGAGCAAGACCGUUUCCUAAAGGCUUUUGGUAUUCUUGAUCCAAGAAAAGGGAAGAGAACCCUUAAAUUGUAUAUUUCUGACGCCAGUGACCAACAUGAUAAAUAUCAGCAUCCAUUCAUUUCCUAUUUUCUCCAGAGAAUGGGGAAGCUUACCUUUCAGAUGGAGGCCAAUCAGAUGAAAAUUGUAUUUGCCUUUUACCAAUCAAUAUCACCAAAACUCCUCCAUUUCUAUAAAGAAUCGCCGCCUACAAACUUUGAUGAUGUCCGCAGUUUUGCAUAUCAACUACUGCUGCCAUUGUACAGAGUCUGCGAAGGUUUCACCGGGCAAGUCAUUUCAGAUGACCUGAAACAACUAGCGCAAGAAGUAAGUGAAAGCAUAAGAGACCGCAUUGAAGUGCAGAAUUUCGUCCAAUUUUACAGCCAAAUACGCAAAAACAUUAAGGCGAAGCGUGACAAAAGGAAACAAGCAGAGAAGGUGAUGGCUGUUGUGAAUCCGAUACGAAAUGCCAAGAGAAAGCGCAAGAUUGCUGACAAGCAUCAAGCUCACAAGAAGAGGAAAAUGAUGACAAUGAAAAUGGGUAGAUGGAUGCAUUAGGAUAGCAGCCAAAUCUGUGAUUUUAGUCUGUAGAUGGAAUUAGUGAUCGUUCCAUUUUUUUGGGAAUGCUAGUUUCAUAUACUACUACUAUAUUGCUAUCGUUAUGAUUUAAACAAGUUGAAAAUUGUUUUUACCA